CGGAAACACGCGAAGAAGAUGGUUAGAUAAAAACAAUCUGAGAGAGAUCGAAGAUGUUAUUCGAGUUAUUACUUAUUUGCUUAGGCUUUGGCAUUUUAGCCCGAGCGCAGAAUAAUCCAGGUUUCAUAAGCAUCGAUUGUGGGGCACUCAAUGGUCAUCUCGAUGAAAAUCUCACUAUAUACUACACAACCGAUGUGGGGUUCGUGGAGUCCGGGCAGAACAUGCAAAUAUCUCCAAAGUACUUCAACCAGAUAUCCUCGAUGCAACGGUUGCUUAAUCUAAGAAGUUUUCCCAAUGGAACUCGGAACUGCUACACACUCCAGCCCAAGCAAGGCAAGAACAACAGGUACUUGAUCAGGGCAUCCUUCCUGUACGGGGACUAUGACAACAAGUUUCAAGGCCCGACCUUCGACCUGUACAUUGAUGCAAAUUAUUGGGUCACCAUAAAUCCAUCGAGCUACAUGUACGAAGAGGUUAUUUAUUACCCUUCAAGGGAUUAUAUACAAGUAUGCCUAGUAAAUCUCGGACUUGGAACUCCUUACAUUUCGGUGCUUGAGUUACGGGUCCUGGAUAAUUCCACCUACGUUGCAUCCGGCGCCCUAGGAAAAUGGUACCGGGAUAACAUCGGAUCCCCCAUGGCUUACAGGUACCCGCAAGACACUUACGACCGCAUCUGGGAUGGUUCAACUGAUGAUGGUGACCUGUUGCCGAUUACCAACACAACAACUAUCGAUAACAUGAGCAGCACCAGUGCUUAUAAAGUUCCCGUCGAAGUUUUAAUGACUGCAGAGCGAACGUCAAACGCCUCAUAUUCCUACAGAUACUCUUGGAGGACCAACUCGUCGAAUGAUGUAUGGUACAUAUACAUUCACUUCAUGGAGCUCCAGAUGGUGCAACAAGGGCAGGUGAGGCAAUUCCAGGUCGCCAUAAAUGGCAAGGCCCUAACAACUGUUACACCCGAGUACCUGAAACCGGUGACUGUAGCUUCAUUGCCCACUAGCGGGAACAAUCGCAUGAAUGUCACGAUUACUGCGAUGUCCCAGUCUACUCUCCCCCCGUUCCUCAAUGCUAUUGAAGUCUUUCAUGCCAUUGAUCUCCCGAACUCUCCAACACACUUGGAUGACGUUACCGGUAUUAACAGCAUCAAGACGAUUUACGGAGUGGCUAUAGACGACUGGCAGGGCGAUCCAUGUGUUCCAGUGUUUUUUAUUUGGAGUUUUUUGAACUGCAGCAAAGACGAUACUCCGAGGAUCAUCUCCUUGAACUUGAGCUCUAGCAAUUUGAAGGGGAGCAUUGCUACCUCAUUCUCCAGCCUUACGGCGUUAGUCUCCCUGGAUCUAUCGUUCAAUGAACUGAGUGGACAAAUACCUGAAUUUUUUGCUGACAUGCCGAAUUUGAGGAUCUUAAACUUAAGUGGAAACAACCUCAACGGUUCAAUUCCUGCAGUUCUUGAAAAGAAGAUGGCGGAUAAGACAUUGCAAUUAAGUUUGGAUGGCAAUCCGAAUCUUUGUCGACAAGACUCUAAUUGCAAUCAAGACCGCAGCAAGAAGAAAAAUACCGUUGUCCCAGCUGUUGCUGCUACUGUGGGCUCAUUAGCUCUGGUAUUCUUUCUCAUUUGUGCCAUUGUCGUCAUUCGCAAACGUAGGAAGAAGAUAGAAGAAAUUAAUACUGGAUCAAUGGAAGUCACUGCAUCUAAGGAACCUAGAUCUAAGGAGGUAUCCGAGCCUAGUACUGGUACCGGAUUUAACGAGGGGCGACUAGUAAUUGGAAAGAACCGACCAUUUACGUCUGCCGAAGUUUUGAGUAUCACAGCGACCUUCAGAACUGUUAUCGGGGAAGGUGGAUUCGGAAACGUGUUCCUUGGAACUCUCGAUGAUGGUUGGAAAGUCGCAGUGAAAGUGCUCUCUCAGUCAUCAAAGCAGGGCUACAAGGAAUUCCAAGCAGAGGCACAGCUUCUGAUGAUUGUUCAUCACAAAAAUCUUGUUUCUCUUAUCGGUUAUUGCGAAGAUUUCGAUAACAUGGCCCUGAUUUAUGAAUUUAUGCCCAAUGGAAACUUAAGGCAGCAUCUGGCAGGUAACACAUCUAAUGUCAUAAGUUGGAGUCAGAGACUGCAAAUUGCAAUUGACGCAGCACAGGGGCUGGAGUAUUUGCAUAAUGGUUGCCGACCUUCGAUCAUUCACAGAGAUCUCAAGACUUCAAAUAUCCUUCUAAAUGAGAACAUGCAAGCCAAAAUAGCUGAUUUUGGUCUCUCUCGGGUUUUCAUGAUGGAAGAUGGCUGUCAAAUUUCGACUCAACCUGCCGGCACACCCGGUUACCUUGACCCAGUGUUCAACACGGGUGGAAACUUGAACAAGAAAAGUGAUGUGUACAGCUUCGGGAUCAUUCUGUUCGAGCUGAUUACCGGACAGCCUGCUAUUCUAAGAAGUCCGACAGGCACUAUUCACAUCGUUAAAUGGGUGACUCCACUCAUCAAAGGAGGCAAUAUUCAGAAGAUUGUCGAUCCCAUGAUACAUGGCCAGUUCAAUUCCAAUUCCAUCUGGAAGGCAAUUGAAAUCGCUAUGCAGUGCGUGCAGCCGAUUCCCGUUCAAAGGCCUGACAUUAAUCAUGUAUUGCUGGACUUGAAGGAAUGCCUAGCCACGCAGGUUGGUCGUGGUAAGCGUCAAGGGAUGGGGGAUCACAGUAUGAAGAGCACUUUCGGAAUGACGGCCUCUUUGGAGGCACUGGAAUUGGCUCCCGAUGCUCGGUAGUCAGUUGUCACUGCGAAAUGGCUCGCGCUGGCCUUGACAUUUAAUGUGAAACUAAGGAUAUUUGCAUUUAAAUAUGUGAAGAUAUGGUGUGAAAUUUGGGUGAACUUUUGAACGAACUCCAAGUCAGUAUCCAAUCAAAAUGUUGGAAAUUUGAUCCUCAUCCAAAAUUUGCUCUAUGCAAAUUCUUUAUGUAAAGGAUACAUGGAAUAUACAUAUAUAGCAUAAUUAACCAAAUACUGAUAAAUUAAAAA